AUGGCAUCGAUGAUUCAAAAAUCCAAUCUCAACGUGUAUCAUGUAUUGAACAUGCUCUUCAUCUUUGAAGUUAUGUUUCAAAUUUCUGCAGCAUUCCUCUUUUUGUUUGAUAACAUAUUGGCCAAGAACAUUACUGCAAUCUUCGUUUUUGGAGAUUCCAUGGUUGAUGUAGGAAACAACAAUUACAUCAAGACAAUUGCAAAGGCGGCAUUUCCAAAUGGAAUUGACUUUGGCCUGAGGGAACAGAAUUUGGGUGCCAAAAAUUUCACUCCUCCAUACUUGGCUCCAACUACUACCGGUGACAUGGUUCUAAAAGGAGUCAACUAUGCUUCCUCUGGAUCUGGUAUUUUGAAGAACUCUGGAAUAGUUUGGGGUGGUCAUAUUAGCUUAGAUGAACAAAUCAGUAACUUUGAGAAAACUAAGAAAACAAUUGUCUCAAGAAUCGGCAGGCGGGAAGCGAAAAGACUGCUAAUGCAUCAGGCUCUGUUUAUGGUUGUUACUGGUGCAAAUGAUUUUUUAAUUGGGCAGCAAGUGACUUCCUUGCAGAAUCCAUCGUCUCAAGGAGCAUACUUAAACAUUCUGACUUCAAAAUUCAAGUCCCAACUUACAAGAAUUUAUCAUCUGGAAGCUAGGAAGAUUGUUGUGACAAAUAUUCCAAGAAUUGGGUGUAGCCCUUAUGAGAGGGAUGCUUAUCCUGAUGUAAAAGGUUGUGUGGCUUCCUUAAAUCAGCCAAUCAAGUCAUACAACAGUAGACUGAAGAGCCUGCUCAUGGAUCUUACAGCAAAUCUCACGGGUUCAACCUAUGUUUAUGCAGAUAUUCAUGCAAUGCUGGAAGAUAUCCUUAAGAAUUACAAAUCAUAUGGACAAAUGGACAAUGGUAAAUGCAGAUGUUGCUUGCCUUUUGACUUUUGGUUGGGGGGGGAGGGGUGGAUGCAACCAUUGUAA